AUGGCUGAUUUCUUUUGCAGUUUCUUGGAUUCUCGAUCUUUUAUCACCAACUUCCAAAUAUUCUUCCCUCCAAAGCCAUUCGUCCCGACCAUUCCUCACUCCCACAAUCCAAGAACCACAAGGAGAAAAAGAAAACCACAUAUCACCCUGCUCUCCGAACCCAAAUCUCCAACGCCCUCUUCGAGUCCAGACCCUGAUGUCAUUUCAAUCCACGAGCUUUCUGAUGGUAGCCUUUUGUUCCGGUUUGGAGACCCAAGUGAGAUCGCAGAAAAUGUGAAGCUGAAUGAGCCCAGAAUUUUGAAGGAGAUUGAGGAAGAAAGUCAAGAGGGAUUUAGUAUGGUGAAGGUUUCUGAUGGAGAUAUUGAGAGACAAGUGAUCAUAAAGAAACUAGAUAAGGAAGUAAGGAGUGCUGGCUCAACCGAGGUGGCUAAUAAAGGCAAUGAAAGCACUAGUGUUGUUGAGACAGAGAGUAAAUCCGGCGAGAAGUUAUUAGAAGAUUCAAAGAAAGUUGAAUUAGAAAUCCAUAUAGCUAAUUCAAUAGCUAUCAGCAAUGAAAGCAUCAGUGUUGUUGAGAGAGAGAAUGAAUCGAGCGAGAAGUUAUCAGAAGAUUCAAAGGAUCAGAAAGAGGGGGCUGAGAAUGGAAUGCCAAGUAAUACCGUUGAAGAUGGAAGUCAAAGUGAUAUGAUUGAGGUAAUGCCGGUAUCUCAGUUGGAAGCUGAACCAAUUCUUGAUGAGGAAGCAGAUAAUGACUCCAUGGAAGAAUCUGCCGUGGCAGAGAGAAAUGAGAGCGUCACAGUGCUUAGCAAUUCUCAGAAGUCACUUUUGGAUCCAAGGAGGAAUGAUGAUGAUCACAGUGUGAGAAACAAUGAUUUUAUAGAAGCAUCAGGUUGUGAAUUGACAGAGCCAAAAUCUAUUGAAUCAGUUGCAUGCAGAACAAAAGCAGAUUUUGUUCUAUCUUCAGGUGCUGCUCUAUUGCCACACCCUUCUAAGGUGUUGACAGGUGGAGAAGAUGCAUAUUUCAUCAGUGGCCAAACCUGGCUCGGUGUAGCUGAUGGAGUUAGUCAGUGGUCACUAGAAGGGGUCAAUCCAGGAGUUUAUGCCCAAGAACUCAUCAAAAAUUGUGAAAACAUCGUCUCUGAUUGCACUGGAGAUUCAGUAAACAGCCCUGUUGAAGUCCUUAAACACAGUGUUGACAGAACACAGUCUCCAGGUUCCUCGACAGUUUUGAUUGCUCACUUUGAUGGUCAGGUUCUUCACGUGGCUAAUAUUGGAGACUCGGGAUUUAUAAUACUGAGGAACGGUACUGUUUACAAAAAGUCUUCGCCUAUGUUUCAUGAAUUUCAUUUUCCGGUGCAAAUUGAAAGAGGCGAUGACCCCUUUUAUCUCACAAAGGAAUACAAAGUUGAUUUAGAAGAGGGGGACGUGAUUAUUGCUGCAACUGAUGGACUUUUUGACAAUUUGUAUGACCAAGAAAUUUCAUCAAUAGUCUUGGCAUCAUUAGACAAUGAUCAACGGCUGGAGGAAAUUGCGGAGUUAUUGGCAGCACAGGCACAGGAAGUGGGUAGGUCUGCAUCUGUCAGAAGUCCGUUUGUUGAUGCAGCUCAAGCAGCUGGAUAUGUAGGUUACACUGGCGGCAAGCUUGAUGAUGUGGCUGUUAUUGUAUCAGUGGUUCGAAGACAAUAG